AUGCUUGCUUCUGGUCCCGCCACCAAUGAAUACUACCCACCCUCAUCCGCCACCUUCGAUCCGGCCAUCCACCUCGCCUACACUCCUCCCGCCUCUAAACUCACCAUGUCCGACAUCGGCCUCCCCUCACAAGGCAUCUCCCCCAUCGCCGUGACCGAACCUUUCUCGCUCAUGUCUGUCGAAGGCGUACGUCAACUCCGUCAGGAUAUCCUAUCGACCGACGUGCUGGAGAAGUAUACGGUGGCGAGCAAGUUGGCGGCGUGCCAGAGCAGGGAGUUCCCGAAGACAGUGACGCCGUUCGUGCACCAGGUGUGGAAGCAUCCCGAGGUGCUAAGAAUCGUGAGUGAAGCGGCCGGGAUCGAGUUGGAGCCUGUCAUGGACCUCGAGCUCGGUCAUGUCAACCACCAACUUGGACCAAAGGGGAAGGAUGGGAUUCGAGAAAUCAGCGGUGUGGAUCCUAGACCUACACCACCAGCAUUGAACGUGGAUCAACUCAAGGCUCUCUCCGACGCCGACCUCGGAUCGUCCGAGCAAAACGUGGUUGGCUGGCAUUACGAUAGUUACCCAUUCGUUUGCGUCCUGAUGCUCUCUGACGUGUCGAACAUGAUUGGUGGAGAGACCGCCGUUAGGCGAGGAGAUGGCGGCGUGACGAAGGUUCGAGGGCCUGGCGUCGGUAGCGCGGUGGUCAUGCAGGGGAGACAUGUGAGGCAUGUUGCUUUGAGGUCGUACAACGCUGCAGAGCGUAUCACUAUGGUCACUUCCUUCCGUGCAAAAGAUCCUCGUAUUAUGGACGCCUCUGUCCUCACCACAAUCCACCCCAUCACUAAACGGAAUCGGAUCAAUUACCAAUGGUCUCUCUACCGCCUCAAGCUCCUUUCCGAACGCUUCGCCGCCACAGCUCGCGACCUCGAGCUUGCACACGCAGCUCUACCACCCGACGACGACAAAGAUGGCCUCGGAGGGUCAGAGGUCGUCAAAGUAGAAGAGAUGGAGAAAUGGAUCAGGGAGCAGGUCGGGUAUCUGGAGAGGACAGGGAAAGAGCUGGCGAAGACCGUGGAGAAGGAAAGCGGAGAUGCGUAUCUCAAUAUGACUGGGCCAGGGACCGUCGUCAGUGUCGCGAGUGCAAAUAUCGCGGAUAAGGUGAUGAGGGGGAGAAUGUGGGGUGUAGGUGCCGGGGUGUUACUUUGUGUGUUCGGGGCUGCGCAGUGGGCUUUGUCUUGAGGUCUGAGGUCGACGAGUCUCGGGUGUUUGAUAGUGUUGUACGAUUUUUUUUUC